UCGGAAUCCUCGGACGCCUACUGGUUGACGUGGACGAAGAAAAUGAGGAUGAGGAGCCGAGCCGGGCUCGGUCCGCUGGUGGUGUCCCUUCUAGUAGGAUUGAAGAGAAAAAAGAGGGCUACCAAGAUUUGUUGGAGGACCUGAUCCGGGAAGGGGUGGUGGGAAUGGUAGAGACGGUAGUGAAGGAUGCCCUGCAGCGAGGGGCAGAGGGGUACCCUGUUGUGGAGAGACCCAUAGCUGAGGAACUCGACAGGCGGCAUAUCCCUAGACCACGUUUUUCUGGCGAUCCCCAUCCAACCCUAGCCCACCGACCCUCCCCACCACCGUGGAGUCUGUUUUCAGGACCACGCCCGACCUCGAGGCACACAUCGAGGCAAACUUCAACAGGCCCGUUCCUCCACGCCCCUUCCGACAUGUUUCUUUGCAAAAUGGAGAUAGCACAAGAUACCGAAGGGCUGAGGCUCGAAAAAGGACUGCAGCCCUUGAGCACGCCAUAG